AUGACAAGUGCCAACUCGACUGAAGACGAAGUGAAUAAAAUCCGCGGAGAACAAAAUCAAUCCUCGGAGCUAAAGCUAGCUCGACAAGGCGGAGCUGCGGUUGAACCUUCUCUGCAGGAUAUUUUGAGAGAGUUACAGGAUUUCAGAAAAGACAGCAGUGAACAAUACUCGGACAUUAAACGUGAAUUAAGAAGAGUAAAUGAACGAAUGGACGAAGCAGAAGAGAGGAUUGAUGAAACUGAGACGGUGCUACAAGCAGCAUCCAAGCUAAUCAUGAGGCUAACGGAGCGUCAAGCUAACCUCGAGGCUAAGUUGCUAGACCAAGAAGGGAGAGGGAGAAGAGACAACCUCCGCUUCUAUUCAAUAAAGGAAGGUAAAGAAGGAACAGAUAUGGCGACUUUUAUGGAAAACUUGUUGAAAAAGGCACUUGACUUUCCCCGAGACGAAGUCCUUGGAAUUGAAAGAGCGCAUCGUGCCUUGGUGGCUAAACCUAACAACAACAGCCAAGCUAAACCCAGGUCCAUUGUGGUGAAAUUUGCCAGCUACCGCACCAAAGAAGAGAUCUUACGGAGAGCAUGGCAGAAGAAGGAAGUGUUUUGUGACAAUGAACGCUUCUUUGUGGAUCACGAUUUUCCCACAGAAGUGAUCAAGAGGCGUAACGAGUAUGGGGAGGCUAAAAAAGUGCUCAAGGAGAAUCGUAUCAAGUUUCAGACCCCAUAUCCAGCCAAGAUGCGUGUUUUCUUUAAUGAUGGGACCCGUCUCUACCAAAAUGCGACUGAGGCGACAAGAGAUCUGGCUUCGCGGGGGUUUGCAGUUGGCUUGGUCAAACCCACGGUCACCCCUGACCAACAAGAAAUCCAGCUUUUGUCCAACUGGAGAGCAGUGAGAGGAAGGCGCGCGGGGAGCGGAGGACAACAGGAUGCGGUGAGAGAUGACGCACAGCAGCUGGAGGAUCCGCGCGCACGCCUCAUGAAACAUCUCCAAAGCUUCCGAAGAAACACCGACACUGAGAGAACUGACUUGACCCCUCUGUACACGGUGACCCCUCUGUACACAGUGACCCCUCUGUACACAGUGACCCCUCUGUACACGGUGACCCCUCUGUACACGGUGACCCCUCUGUACACGGUGACCCCUCUGUACACGGUGACCCCUCUGUACAUGGUGACCCCUCUGUACACGGUGACCCCUCUGUACACGGUGACCCCUCUGUACAUGGUGACCCCUCUGUACACAGUGAUCCCUCUGAACACAGUGACCCCUCUGUACACAGUGACCCCUCUGUACACGGUGACCCCUCUGUACACAGUGACCCCUCUGUACACAGUGACCCCUCUGUACACGGUGACCCCUCUGUACACGGUGACCCCUCGUCACAACACUGAUAUUCUGGACUAG